ACCAGGUGAAUGUUUGGAAACUGCAGCUUCAGCCCCUCUGGCCAUCUGCCUACCCACCCCACUUGGAGCCCUUAACAGACCAAACUGCCAAGUCCAGGGGGUAGAGAGGAGGUGCUUUGGACUAUAAAGCUGACGGGCAUCCAGUAACCCCCAGCCCUAAGUGACCAGCUACAAUCAGAGACCGUCAGCAAGCAGGUCAUUGUUCCAGCAUGGCCCUGUGGAUGCGCUUCCUGCCCCUGCUGGCCCUCCUUAUCCUCUGGGAGCCCAACCCUGCCCAGGCUUUUGUCAAACAGCACCUUUGUGGUCCCCACCUGGUGGAGGCUCUCUACCUGGUGUGUGGGGAGCGCGGCUUCUUCUACACACCCAAGUCCCGCCGUGAAGUGGAGGACCCACAAGUGGAACAACUGGAGCUGGGUGGAGGCCCGGGAGCAGGUGACCUUCAGACCUUGGCACUGGAGGUGGCCCGGCAGAAGCGUGGCAUUGUGGAUCAGUGUUGUACCAGCAUCUGCUCCCUCUACCAGCUGGAGAACUACUGCAACUAGACCCACCACUACCCAGCCCACCCCUAUACAAUGAAUAAAACCUUUGAAUGAGCACCAAAAAA